AUGAACCAGAACGUUCCACGCGACGUGCUCGAAUUUCUUUCAAAUUAUCCCUCGAAUUCUAACAACUUUUCACAAUCAGAAAAUCUCCUUUUCUACCAGAACAAACUGAGGUGCAGACCCGACAGACUGACCAUCGAUGAGCUGCACGAAAGGUGGCAAGGAGCUUACGAUACGCUCGAAUACAAACACGGCUUCAUCCAAUGGCUGUUCCCUAUCCAGGAAUAUGGCAUGAAUUCCCAGUCCCAGCCAUUACAACGACACGAGCUGGAAACAAUGAGGUCCUCCCCUGAGGUCAUACAACGCGUCAUAAGGUCGUAUAAGCUUAUGCUUGACUUUUACGGAAUGAGGUUAUUGGACGAGAAGACAGGGCUGCUGGAUCGUGUGUUGCCACCAGGGACGUUUGAGAGGCGGUACAAGAAUCUCGUUCAGUCUUCUCAUAACAACCUUCGGAUAUCCCGGAUAUUGAAAUGCCUCUCCGAGAUGGGUCUGGAACACCUGAACGUGGGAUUUGUGUUGCACGUCCUCAACGAGCAGAGCGAACACAAGGAAUUAUCAACAGAUAUGCUGAAGGGGAGUAUGGAUCUUUGGUGGGCAAACUGCAACAGAAAUGAGAAAGAGAGGGUGUGGGUCGCUGAUCUCAUUCGUAGGGUCAGGAGCUCGCGAGGUGGAUGGGUGUUUACAAGAGAGAUGUACGAAAAGGCCUUGAAUAGGAGAGCUGAAAGGGGCUCUUUAGGAUUUGACGAUGUCGACGAGGAUGAGAAUGCGAAUGUGACGGGCGCAUAG